AUGGCGAUCUACGACGGCCUCGUUGGGGUCGAGCGCAGGUGCAUCCAAGUGGCCGCAACCCGGAACCCGGCCCCUGGCAUAGCUAGCAAACUAAGCGAUCACCAAUGGCAGGCUUUAGUUGCUCUCCAUCGAACCCUCCUUCGCGAGUGUCUCGACCUCUGCCUCAUCUCUCCGAUCCCCCAAGCGAGCCGGGUGCCAGGAAGACCUGCUGGCAAGCACGCCACGGGGAUCUUGAAUGCCGAGUCGGGCCUGUUUGGGGCGUUGUUUGCGCGGCAACAGCAGCGGCAGGUGGGGGCUGCAGAAGAGGUGGAGGGUGAGGACGGAGAAGGGCAAGGGGAAGGGGAAGGGGAAAGGGGCUGGGCUGGUGACGACGGAGGUCUCAAUCAUGUUCGCGGUGAUGAGGAGAACCAGGUUGGCUGGGGCCUGUCGCGCAACAUCGGCUCGACUGCCGCCAGCCCGGCAGCUCGCGACGGCGACGGUGACCGUAGGACGAAAGACGAGGAUCCUCGAGGACACAUCCGCGAGACUGCAGAGCCGGAGGGGACCAUGCUCUCAGAGUGA